AUGCUUUUACGAGCAGUAAACGAGGCAAGGCGUGAACACCACAAGGCAAUAUGCUUGGCGAAAACGGACAGACAGUAUAGGGACAUAUUGGAUGAUACAAUCGGUAUAAUUUUUCUUGGAACGCCUCAUCAAGGGUCCGAUAUUCCCCAGUUUGGAGCCAUGAUAGCACGACUGACAUGGGUAUUUGGAUCGAGCACAAUGCUACUGAAGGGUCUCUACAGGGAUAAUCCUCAUCUAUCAGACUUACAAGAACGGUUCAUGAGCGUUAUUCGGAGAAGAAGAGAUAUUAAGCUCGUCGCGAUGUAUGAGAGGCUCCAUACGUACUUUGCUCAACUUAUAUAUCUAGGCUUCAAAUACUUACAAAGAAUGAAAAAGAUUGUCGAGAGGAAUGCUGCAAUGCUUGAUGUGGCCGAAAACUUUGCAGUCGAGAAAGAUCAUAUGGGGCUGAACAAGUGCGCCUCACGAAAUGAUCCGGCAUAUGACGCAAUUUGUCAAGGCAUCAAUGCAAUACGGAACCAUGCAGAGAGCAGAGGGCUGAAGAGAAAAUACUUAGAAUGGUCGGAGAGGUAA